AUGGCUCUGGGACAAGUCUUGAUCCCUUUGACUUCUUCCUUCGAUCUGCGCAAGGUCUGGUUUGAGAGUGUUAUUCUGAAUACAAUCUUGAUCGGGCACUCUAUGGGCGGCAUAGUUGCAGCGGAAACCCUCCUUACCAUAAUGUCGGACCCGACUGAUCCUCUUCCGUCCACCUCCGCACAAACUCAGAAGACAACGUCAAAACCUGCACAGACAAAUACACAGAAAGCAUCACGUCCUUCCACUCCGCAGCCGCAGAAGGGUUAUCGCCCUUCGACUCCCCGCCCUGACGGCUCAUCGUUCAUGUUCCGUUAUAUCCAGGGUCUGCUCGCCUUCGAUAAUCCCUACCUCGGCAUCUCUCUGGGUGCCGUCGCCCACGGUGCUGAACAGCAUUACAAGAAUGCUUCGACCGCCUAUAGUGCAAUCUCCGAAGUUGCUGGCGUCCUCGGAUAUGGCUCCUCCAACAAUAAGAACACCCCUAAAUCACCACAGCAGCAACAGGCAAGUCGGAAGUUGCUGACACAAGGUGCCGACGCCAUGUCCGCUUCAAUGACGAAUGCCACUGGCGAUGCAGCGACCGUACCGGCUUGGCAGAAAUGGGAAAAGUAUCCUAGGUUUGCAGGUGCCGCCGGGGCAGUCGCUGCUGGAGGGGCGGCGGCGUAUUUGAAGAGGGAUACAAUUAUUGAAGGCUGGUCCUUCAUUGGGUCUCAUCUUGAGUUCGUGGGACGUCUGGCUAAGGGGAAAGAACUGAAAAGCCGGCUGGAGAGUAUAGCCAAGCUGAAUAAGGAGCGAGGCAUCGGCUUCGCAGACCUCAUCACCGGCCUCGGAAAGGGUGCUUCUCAGCAAAAGAAAUCAGGCACCCCACUCGCCGGCGGUUUCGUCGAAAUCGGCGCUGUCGAAGGCAUGGCUCCGAACGGCAGGACUUUUUGCACCAGCCCCAAAAGCGAAAGAAAUAGGAAGUUCUUCGAGGAAGCAAAGAACGACAAGGCGAGCGAUGAGAUGCAGGCUCGUAUGAAUAUGUUCGGCGCGAGUGGGAAUAGUGGAUAUUUUGCGCUGUGUGAGAGGGCGAAGGUGUUGGUUGCGAAUUGGGUGGGGCCCGAAAAGAGUGCGUGGUAUGAGGAGAGUACGCCUCUGAAGGCGACGGCGAGCAAGGGGUUGGAAGACGUGGAAUUAGGCGAUGGGCAGAAGGCUGGGGAGAAGCCUGUUGUUGUUGAGAAGUGA